AUGAGCACCAGGGAUUUAAUUGAGGGUGAGGCACUUUUGGACGACGACGAGAAUGAUGAGGAGUUCGACGAGGAGACUGGAGAACCCAUACACGGUCCAAACCUAGGAGAGCCUAAUACAUACGAUGACUCGAGUGAAGAAGAUGAUGAAGAAGAGGAAGAUGAGGAAGCUGCUCGCGCGGUUCGAGAAGGAUUUAUCGUCGAUGAGGAUGAAGAAAUCGAAGAACGUGCCGAGCGCCGCCGCGAGCGAAAAAAGCGCAGACGAGAGGAGCGUGAACGUGAAGAGAUCGUUCUCGAUCAGGAAGAUUUAGAUCUCAUCGGCGAGCAGAAUCCGGAUUUUCAGCCUCAAUCUACUGAAUCAAAAUUCAAACGUCUCAAACGAGGUCACAAAUCAGACCGUCCCGCUGAUGUCUUUAACUGGGAUGAGGAAGAGGAAGCUGCAGAUUACGGUAGGACCGGUCACCGUCGUCGCGAUGAGUUGGAGAUGGACGACUUCAUCGAAGAAGAUGAAUUCUCAGAUGAAGAACGUCAGCGCCGAGAAGACGACGAAGAAAUCGCACACCCCGUUCGCAAAGGAAUAUCAGGUCUUGCCAUCUCAGAAGCCACCGGUCUCGAUGAAAAUGCCUUGGAGGAUAUGCGUGCAGCCUUUGGUGACGGUACCGACUACCUGUUUGCCCUUGAGAUGGAGGAAGAUGAAGAAGAGCAACAGGAAGAAGAAACUAAGCACCUCGAUUUGAAGGACGUUUUCGAACCGACAUUACUAGCAGAGAAGAUGUUAACGGAUGAGGAUAACGAGAUUCGAUUUACUGAUGAACCCGAACGUCACCAGAUCGCACGAAAGCCAUACAAAGGGGUCGUCCUCUCUGACGAGGAGUUUCGUGAAGAAGCCAUCUGGAUUUCGAACCUGAUGCUUCUGAGAAAGCAACAUGUGGUUGAGGAUAACCUACAAGAGCCAUUCCAACGUGCUGUUGCUAAAGUACUCGAGUUUAUGGUGACGGAUGAUUUCGAAGUACCUUUUAUCUUCCAACACCGCAAAGACUACCUAAUCCACGCUGCCAAGGUCCCAGCUUCCCCCGAUCCGAGUAACCCUGAUGGCCCAGAAUUCGUUGUUCGAGCUCAAAAAUUGCUGAACAUGAACGACUUGUGGGAUAUUUUCGAACACGAUCUGAAGUUCCGAGCUUAUAUCGAUAAGAGACACACAUUACAAAAGACCUACGAUCGGCUACAAGAAAUAGAUGUCAAGGAUGAAAUUGUUGAUGAGAUGCUUACCGCUGCGACUACGAUGGAGGAACUACAGGACGUCCAGGAGUAUUUGCAUUUCCAAUACGGACCACAAAUCAAGGAUCUUUCUUUGAACUCGGAAGAGACAAACGGCAAUGGUGAAGCGGAUGGUGAAGUCAACGGACAGACUAACGGUCAGACAACUCGCCGUAAAGCAGGUGCCAAUUCUUUCUUUGAGCGGAUUCGCAAGAGUAAUGUCUAUAGCCUCGUGCGAUCUUUCGGUAUCACUGCAGAUGCAUUCGCUCAAGCUGCGUCUCAGAAUCGUCGUGGACAGUAUGCCGAAGACCCAGAAAAACCACCUGAGGAACUUGCAGAUACUGCUUUGGACACCGAUUACUCGAAUUCAACAAGCGCUCUCCGAGCCGCCAAAGCCAUGUUUGUCGAAGAGCUGGUGAUGAACCCGAGAAUGCGAAAAGUCAUUCGUGAGCAAUGUUACCGAAAUGGCGUUGUGGAUUGUUACCGAACGGAAAAAGGUCUUCGCCGGAUAGACGAACAACACCCAUACUAUGAAUUCAAGUACCUGCGCAACCAGCAACUUACAGAUAUUGCCAGGCGUCCAGAACUCUUUUUGAGCAUGCUCAAGGCUGAAGAGGAGGGAUUAAUCAAUGUUACAGUCACUUUCCAGAAUUUUGAACGCUACCGCCAAAGUCUAUACAGCCAUAUCGAAUCAGACAGUCAAAGUGAAGUUGCUGAUGCUUGGAACCGAGAGAGGCGUGAAGUUCUUGAUACCGCGCUUGGCCGACUUGUCAAACUGAUGACACGUAGUGUCAAGGAGAAUAUUCGACAGAAUUGCGAGAACCACGUUACGAAGGAAGUUCGCGAAGUCUUCUCUAACAAGCUAGACCAGGCCCCUUACAAGCCAAAGGGAAUGGUUCUUGGUACGGUUCCUCGAGUGCUUGCCUUCUCCAAUGGUGAUGCACCUGUGAAUGGUGACCAUUUCAUCCAUUGGGUGUGGGUCGAAGAAGAAGGACGACCCCAGGAGAAUGGAAAGUUUGCAAAGUUGCAAAUUGGGGAUCCGGAACGUGGCAUUCCAGACGGUGAGGACGUUGCUGCAUUUGUGGAGUUGGUUCGUCGCCGCGUACCCGAUGUCAUUGCGGUUUCAGGGCGAUCUCCAGAGACUCGCAAGCUUUACAAGCUACUCUGUGAUCUUGUUGAUCGCAAAGAUCUCCGUGCUGCUCCGUACACUGUCGGUGAAGGAAAAGAGUCGAAAGAGGUCAGUGAUAGACUGGAGGUCAUCAUGGUUAAUGAUGAAACAGCACAAUUAUACGCCAAUAGCGAACGAGCCACUGUGGAUUUCCCAGUCAAGCCCAGUUGGCUCACCUGUUAUUGCUGCGGUAUUGCUCGAUAUCUCCAGAACCCAUUGAAGGAGUACGCAGCACUUGGCAAAGAUUUGGUGUCGAUUCAGUUCACUCCUGGUCAACGGUAUCUGUCUGAGGAUAUUGUUGCCAAACAGUUGGAAAGCGCCCUAGUCGAUAUGGUGAAUCUGUGUGGUGUGGACAUUAACGAGGCUGUGAGUGAUACAGCAACACAGAACCUACUCCAAUACGUCUGUGGUCUAGGACCUCGAAAAGCUUCUCAUCUGGUCAAGAUUGUCAACAUGAAUGGUGGAAUCGUCAACAACCGGGUGGAACUGCUGGGUGUUGAGGCUCAAUAUCCUGCUAUGGGUGUCAAAGUAUGGAAUAAUUGUGCUAGUUUCCUUUACCUUGAUUGGGAAAACGUGGAGACAGACGCCGAUCCUCUGGACAACACCCGAGUGCAUCCUGAAGAUUAUGAUAUUGCUCGCAAGAUGGCCGCCGAUGCACUAGAACUUGAUGAAGAAGAUAUCAAAGCAGAGACAGAUGAGUCUGGGCCAGGUGCCAUUGUCCGAAAGCUUCUGAAAGAUGAUCUUCAAGAUCGUGUUAAUGAUUUGAUCUUGGAGGAAUAUGCUGAGCAGUUGGAGAAGAAUCUGAACCAGCGCAAGCGAGCGACAUUGGAAACCAUUCGAGCCGAGCUGCAACAGCCUUAUGAGGAGCUUCGGAAACAAUUUGUCUUCCCGACCACAGAUGAGAUUUUCACUAUGCUCACAGGCGAAACAAACGAGACUUUGGCAGAAGGUAUGGUUGUGCCAAUGUCUAUCAAGCGAAUCGCCCAGGACCAUAUUGAAGGAAAACUCGAUUGUGGAGUUGAAGUGCUUGUUUCCGAGUCAGACAUUUCGGAUCGACAUGAUAUUCCACCAAGAGCACUUUUCCAGAUUCAUCAAUCUGUUCAAGGCAAGAUCUUGUACUUGAACAAGAAAACAUUCACAUGCAACAUGACUCUUCGUGAAGACAAGGUCAGCAAAGGAUACCAGCGGCCAAUUGAGAAACAUCGUGGCGAAUGGGACGAUCGCCAGGAACAGGAAGAUCAUGAGCUCCUACAAGAGAAAGCGAAAACAGAGAGUCGAUUCGUCAGAGUUAUCAAACAUCCUCUAUUCCGCGCAUACAACUCUAAACAAGCAGAGGAAUACUUGGGAGGACAGAGCCGAGGCGACUGUGUUAUUAGGCCAUCUUCGAAGGGACCUGACCAUCUCACAGUCACAUGGAAAGUCGCCGAUGGCGUUUACCAACAUAUUGACGUUUUGGAAUUGGAUAAAGAGAAUGAAUACUCAGUCGGUCGAAUCCUGAAAAUUGGCGGCAAAUAUACAUACAGCGAUUUGGACGAAUUGAUUGUCAGCCAUGUACAGGCGAUGGCCAGGAAGGUCGAGGAGAUGAUGUCUCAUGAGAAGUAUCAAAGCGGGACAAAAGCGGAUACCGAGAAAUGGCUAACAACCUAUACCAUGGCCAACCCCAAACGAUCUGUUUACGCCUUCUGCAUCAACCCCAAAUAUCCGGGCUAUUUCUUCCUAUGCUUCAAAGCAGGACAAAACGCUUCACUGCAAAGCUGGAAUGUCAAAGUUAUUCCCCAGGGGUUUGAGUUGCAGCGAAAUCCUUAUCCUGAUAUGCGUGCAUUGUGUAAUGGAUUCAAACUUCUAUUCACGAAUAUGCAAGCUGGUCGAGUUGGGCAGGGGUUGCCUCGGAGGUGAUUUCUUUUCUCCUUUUGUCAUUAAGACCCAUCUUUCAUAUUAUUCAUGUUCUUUGGAAAGGGCAAGUUUUGGCACAUUUAUUGUAAUUGAUUAUCAUAACAUUAAGCCUUGCGAGUACGAAUUGGGGAAAAAGGAAUUUUGCAUUGGGCUGAAUUAUGCUUUCUUUUUCUUUUUCAUUCAAUCUUUGUAUUUUUUUAACUUCUUUUUUCUUUCGAUUGGCGCAAGUUAGCAUAAAUU